UAACGGAAUCUUGUCUUUUAGAUUCAAAGAAUAUUAAAAAAGAGAAAGAUGGAAAGAAUCAGCAGGCAAACAACCCGUCUUUAAAAAGUGAGCAGUUUAAUUGGGAUGACUAUCUGAAAGAGACUGAAUCAGUAGCUGCCCCUCUACAUUGUUUCAGACAGUCUAGAAUUCCACCUACGAACGAUUUCAAAGUUGGUAUGAAACUGGAAGCCCGUGAUCCUCGCAAUGUUACCUCAGUUUGUAUAGCUACAGUCAUUGGAAUCACUGGUGCCAGGCUAAGGUUGCGGCUGGAUGGAAGUGACAACAAAAAUGAUUUUUGGAGGCUUGUGGAUUCCUCAGACAUACAGCCCAUCGGGACCUGUGAAAAGAAAGGGGGCAUGCUCCAGCCUCCGCUGGGGUUCCAGAUGAAUGCAUCAUCUUGGCCAACGUUUCUCUUAAGAACUCUCAAUGGAGCCGAAAUGGCACCUGCAGCAUUCUUUAAGAAGGAACCACCAAAACCUGUGCCAAACUGCUUUAAAAUUGGAAUGAAACUUGAAGCUAUAGACAGAAAGAACCCAUACUUGAUUUGCCCAGCAACCAUUGGAGAUGUUAAAGGAGAUGAAGUUUUUGUUACGUUUGAUGGCUGGAGAGGAGCAUUUGACUAUUGGUGCAGAUGUGAUUCUCGAGAUAUUUUCCCAGUUGGAUGGUGUAGCUUGACAGGAGAUGCAUUACAACCACCAGGGAAUGAUGUUUCCAUUACAAAGAGCAGUGCAAAAAUCCAAUCUUCCCCUUCCAAAGUGACCCGGCGUUCAAUGCAGUCUCCACAGAAAUCUGCUCCAGUACCAGCACAGCGAGGCAGGAAACCAGGCCGGGGCAAAGCCCCUGGACAGUCUGCAGUUCCCAAGAAGGGCCGGUCUCCUAAAAAUAUUCCCCUGACAAAAAGCACCUCUCAUACUGAAAAUCUUAAAACAAGGAAAAAAAGUUUAAAACCUGGAAAAAAGAAAAAAAUCUUGCCAGAACAACCGACUCCUGCAUCUCCUUCUCCUCAAUCAUCUCCUGAGGGGAGCAAUGGCACUACACAGAUAUAUAAAGAUGGAAUUAGUUUGUCUGGUGCAACUGCAGCAGUUAUAUCCACAGUGUGUGUUUAUGUCAACAAACAUGGAAAUUCUGGGCCUCACCUGGACAAGAAGAAGGUUCAGCAGCUUCCAGACCACUUCGGACCAGGUCCUGUCAAUGUGGUACUUCAGCAGGCUGUACAGGCUUGUGUGGAUUGUGCCUAUCAAGCCAAAACAGUCUUUGGAUUUCUGAAAUCUGGCCAUCAUGGAGGGGAAAUGAUAACUGCUUCCUUUGAUGGGGAAAAGCAUGCCAUCAAUCUUCCUUCUGUAAACAGUGCAUCAUUUGUCCUGCGCUUCUUGGAGAAGCUCUGCCACAGCCUGCAGUGCGAUAAUCUCUUCAGUAGCCAGCCUUUCAGCCCUUACAUGGGAUGUGCACAUAGUCCUAUGGAGUAUGAUAGGAACAAACCAGCCAAAGAAGAAAUACCUGAAAACAGGAGUGCUAAACGAUACUCUCAGGACUCUCCACCAUAUACUGCUCCUCUUUCCCCUAAGCUUCCCAGAAACGAUGCUCAUCCAUCUGAAGCAGAAACUUUGCCUAUAGAGGAAAACAGCAUUUCCAAAGAACACCGAUUUUCUGAGGACUGUAUGGAUUCUGCACUUAAUUCUGUGAAUCCGUCAAGCCCAACCUGCCGAAAUUCCACAGAGUACCGUACUGCAGGAAGUGCUGCAUAUUACAGAAAUUCCCAUCAACCAGCAACUGCUACCUCAAAUUCAGCCCCAAUCCUGCGAAGUCUGUCCUUGAGCUCUGCUGGGAGCAGCAGUUACUGUGAAGUCAGUAGGAAUCGAAUACAGAGGCGGAUUGAAGCUGCAAGUUCCACAACUGGACCGGAUUUGAAUUCACUAAAAAGGGAACCUUCAAGAAUAUUGAAUAAGGAUCCUUCCACCUGGUCAAUAGAGGAAGUAGUGCGUUUUGUGAAAGAAGCUGAUCCACAGGCACUGGCUCCACAUGCAGAACUCUUUAGGAGACAUGAAAUUGAUGGGAAGGCACUGCUCUUACUCAGGAGUGAUAUGAUAGUGAAAUAUAUGGGACUGAAGCUGGGGCCUGCCCUAAAGUUGUGCUACCACAUUGAACGACUUAAACAAGGCUUCAGCCAAUGUGUUCAUAUUCAGAACCAAAACAGCUGAAUCCCAAAGGGAAAUAAUAAAAUAAACCAGGUUCAGGUGUUUAAAAUUUUUACAGUGAUGGCUGUAAACUUUUAUAUUGCAAGAAAAACUUAAAAUAGCAGAUCUCAUCUCUGUAGUGAAUACUCUGUCUGGUCUUCCAGAAGAGAGAAAGAAUUAUGGAAGAGAGGGCUUAAUACAAAUAUAAGCUUUUAUAAAGUGUGAUUAUCAGUCCUUCAAUAAGUUAAAAGGACAAAUAUACGGUAUAUUGUCAAUUUAUGCAGGCAAUAAAAUAAAUAUUUCUGAUUCAUGGAACGGCAUAUUGGCUGUAUAAACAGCCAUUUCUGGGACAAACUUAUUUCACUGGAACAAUGCAUCCACAUCUUAAACAUGAAAAAACAUUCCAUAUUUUUGCUCAGUUUGGCACGGAUAUGUGUGUUCAUGCUUUUUUAUAUGUACAUGUGUAUGUGUCAGGGAAAUACAUACUAUAUAUAUAUAUAUAUAAAUACAUACACAGUGUACAUAUGUAUUUGGUUUUUUAAUGUGUACUUUGCACUGUGCCAGAGAGAACUGUACAAUUUUUUUUUUUUUUUUUACCAGUAAAUGUAGCUGUGUAUUACUUUCAUUAGCACCUGUUUAAUGUGUUCUUGGAGUCAGAAGGUGACAAACAAUCAAAAGGUGUCUUUAUUCAUACAGGCGAGAUCCCUGUACUAUGCAAUACUCCUGAAUAUUCAUCCCUUAAAUCUGAGCCAUAUAUUCCGAUAUAUUUUUGGAAAGACACAUUUGAUUACUAUGUUUUGGCUUUAUAUUUCCUGUUUGGAAGUGCUACUAUGUAACUGAUAAACCUUUUUUUGGGGGGUAAAAUUGGUGCUGUUUGUUUAAGCUGCAAAAAUGAGUGGUGACAAUAAAACAGUUUGUCACUGCAUUGUAAUAUACAUCAGGGAGAUGAAAAUAUACUUUCUGUGUAGGAAACUGAAUGUAAUAGUGAAACCAUAUAUAAUAGUGACGUGAUAACUGUUUGUUAGGGAAGGUGUAGUCCUAAAAUGCUAGGGUUUAUUAUAUUUCUUAAUACCUUUUUAUAUGAAAGCAUAUAGUAUAAAUGUAUUUUUUACAAAUUCCUCUUUUGAAAAUGCCUUGCUUUACUAGUAGUCUGAUACUCAUCAGGUUUCAACAGAGAUACUGCUGCAAAAUAGUGAAUUUGGUGACUCACAAGUCCAAGUAUUUUGUUAGUUUAAGUGUCUGCAAUGCAAUUUUAAUUCAGCAAGUUCAUUUGGACUUUGAGAAUUGUUUUUGUUGUUACAUCAUUAGACAUUUGACACUAAAGUUUAUCUAUAUCGAUUUGUUUUGCAUAUCUUUUGUGGCGCAUGUGUGCUCAGAUGAAUAAUACAGGCAUGCUCUUUAUAGUGAGAAAAGGUCAGAGCAUUGAUUGAAGAAACAGAAUAUUUUCUCUUUGUGUUGGAAAAGCACCGACUUCCGUAUGGAUUCUCCAACAAUUAUGUAUUAAG